AUGGCCGGCCGGGCCCACUGUGUCCGCUCCGGCUUCGGCCUCCGCUCCGGCUUCGGCCUCGGCUGCUGCCUCCUCUUCCUCCUCGCUGCUCAGGAGGCAGGUGCUACCACACUUCAAGAACUUCAGAAUACUGGUGAAUCCCCAACAUCUGACCAUUUAUCCCCUCCUACUCCAAACCUUGUUUAUAGUAUUCCCUCUCACCACAAUGCUCUUCAUUUAGGACAUAGUAGUCCAGACCACCCUAAAUCUACAGAAACCCAUCAGCCCAAACACCAUUGCAAUGCCACACACAAUUUCAGGCCAAUUCACAAGCCAAUAGAUAACUCCAAAAACUCUACAAAGCAUCAUGAAGCUCCUCCCACUUCUGAACAAAACCCUAGCAAUCAAGGAAAAGACCCAAUUGUCCGAAAUGGACGCUCUGCUAAAUCUGAUAUCACACAUAAAAAAUUGUCCAAUGCAAACUAUCCAACCCCAAAACCCAAGAGCAAAACAACAUGUCAUACCUCCAAAACCAGCACAGCAACAGGAACGAGAAAUCACCCCAAAACUGCACCUUUGGAAAAUACCAUCAUUACCUUAGACAGUAAAAGUACCAUAACUCUUUCCUACCAUUCAGUCAAUUCAGAGAUCGACAAAAAACCCACAUCUUCCUCAGAAAAAAGCACAACAUAUAAGGCAUCAUUUAAGGCAACAGGUACCACAGAAGGAAAAGAAAUUGUUGAGGAUCAUACAGUAGCUAAUAGUUACACAACUAUAGUUGCCUCAGAUAAGACUCUGAUAAAGACUACAGACCAAGCAAAAGACAAAAUUUCAACCCAUGUGAAGACUACAAGAGCCCUACUGAUGCCUACAGACCACAGACAACACAGCACAUCGGCCCAUGGGAAGAUCACAAGAACCUCACCAAUACCUACAAAACAUGAACAACACAGCACAUCGGCCCAUGUUCAACACAGCACAUCGGCCCAUGAGAAGAUCACAAGAGCCUCAGCAAUGCCUACAGACCAUGAUCAACACAGCACAUCGGCCCAUGUUCCACAGAGCACCUUGGCCUAUGACCAACACAGCACAUCAGCUCAUGAGAAGAUCACAAGAGCCUCAGCAAUGCCUACAGACCAUGAUCAACACAGCACAUCGGCCCAUGUUCCACAGAGCACCUUGGCCUAUGACCAACACAGCACAUCAGCUCAUGAGAAGAUCACAAGAGCCUCAGCAAUGCCUACAGACCAUGAUCAACACAGCACAUCGGCCCAUGUUCCACAGAGCACCUUGGCCUAUGACCAACACAGCACAUCAGCUCAUGAGAAGAUCACAAGAGCCUCAGCAAUGCCUACAGACCAUGAUCAACACAGCACAUCGGCCCAUGUUCCACAGAGCACCUUGGCCUAUGACCAACACAGCACAUCAGCUCAUGAGAAGAUCACAAGAGCCUCAGCAAUGCCUACAGACCAUGAUCAACACAGCACAUCGGCCCAUGUUCCACAGAGCACCUUGGCCUAUGACCAACACAGCACAUCAGCUCAUGAGAAGAUCACAAGAGCCUCAGCAAUGCCUACAGACCAUGAUCAACACAGCACAUCGGCCCAUGUUCCACAGAGCACCUUGGCCUAUGACCAACACAGCACAUCAGCUCAUGAGAAGAUCACAAGAGCCUCAGCAAUGCCUACAGACCAUGAUCAACACAGCACAUCGGCCCAUGUUCCACAGAGCACCUUGGCCUAUGACCAACACAGCACAUCAGCUCAUGAGAAGAUCACAAGAGCCUCAGCAAUGCCUACAGACCAUGAUCAACACAGCACAUCGGCCCAUGUUCCACAGAGCACCUUGGCCUAUGACCAACACAGCACAUCAGCUCAUGAGAAGAUCACAAGAGCCUCAGCAAUGCCUACAGACCAUGAUCAACACAGCACAUCGGCCCAUGUUCCACAGAGCACCUUGGCCUAUGACCAACACAGCACAUCAGCUCAUGAGAAGAUCACAAGAGCCUCAGCAAUGCCUACAGACCAUGAUCAACACAGCACAUCGGCCCAUGUUCCACAGAGCACCUUGGCCUAUGACCAACACAGCACAUCAGCUCAUGAGAAGAUCACAAGAGCCUCAGCAAUGCCUACAGACCAUGAUCAACACAGCACAUCAGCCCAUGUUAAACACAGCACAUCGGCCUAUGAUCAACACAGCACAUCAGCCCAUGUUCAACAGAGCACCUUGGCCUAUGAUCAACACAGCACAUCAGCCCAUGUUCAACAGAGCACCUUGGCCUAUGAUCAACACAGCACAUCAGCCCAUGUUCAACAGAGCACCUUGGCCUAUGAUCAACACAGCACAUCAGCCCAUGUUCAACAGAGCACCUUGGCCUAUGAUCAACACAGCACAUCAGCCCAUGUUCAACAGAGCACCUUGGCCUAUGUUCAACACAGCACAUCAGCCCAUGAGAAGAUCACAAGAGCCUCAGCAAUGCCUACAGACCAUGAUCAACACAGCACAUCAGCCCAUGUUCAACACAGCACAUCGGCCCAUGAGAAGAUCACAAGAGUCUCAGCAAUGCCUACAGACCAUGAUCAACACAGCACAUCAGCCCAUGUUCAACACAGCACAUCAACCCAUGAGAAGAUCACAAGAGCCCCAGAAAUGCCUACAGAACAUGAUCAACACAGCACAUCAGCCCACAUGUUAAAUAGCACAUCGGCCCAUGAGAAGAUCACAAGAGUCUCAGCAAUGCCUACAGACCAUGAUCAACACAGCACAUCGGCCCAUGUUAAACACAGCAUAUCGACCCUUGUUCAACAGAGCACAUUGGCCCAUGGGAAGAUCACAAGAGCCCCAGCAAUGCCUACAGACCAUGGGCAACACAGUACAGCAGCCACAGAGCCAACCACAGGAGCCUCAGGGCAGGCUGUAGUACACACAAAGAAGACCACAUCUACCAAAGGGAGGGCCACACCAAUCCCAGCAGAGCAUACAGAAAACUCAGGAAGAACCACAGCUGCCACAGAGACUACAAGGCCUCCAGUCAAGGUCACAGGAGACAAAUCUAUCAGUUCUUCCACUCCUGGUCCAAAUAAAACUGGUCAGGUGCCCACUGGCUCGUCUACCCUCCCCACUUCCAGCAUGAAACUGAGUUCUAUCAUGUCAGAAGCCCCAGUCAACCAGAGCCAAGCAUACCAGAACAAAGAUGGUGCCCAGGGAGGUCUCCAUGUGGGAGAGAUGGGGGACAGUGCUUCAUUCCCCGCAUGGGCCAUAGUUAUUGUGGUCCUGGUGGCUGUGAUUCUCCUCUUGGUGUUCCUUGGCCUGAUCUUCCUGGUCUCCUACAUGACUCGAACACGGGGUGCACUGGUCCACAACCAUGAGGACAAUGACCCAGAGGAGGAUGGCGGCCCCAAUUCUUACCCCGUCUACCUGAUGGAGCAGCAGACGCUUGGUGUGGGCCAGAUUCCUUCCCCGCGAUGA